GCGCUAGUAAACAUGUGGCCACUAAACUAACUAACUCCUAUGAGGUCUGAUCAUUUCCAUGUUACCGUGCUAAUCGUUUAAGAAAUGUGCCUGUCUGCAAGGUUUGACAAAGUUGAGGAUUUGUGUUCAACCAUGUUCGUCGAUAUGAAGCUUAUUAAAAAUGAUGGUGGUCGGUGAAUCAUAAAAUGCUUGAGUUCUUAGCGCAAAUCAGUUGGUCAUAAUAAAGACCACAUCAAGAAUCAGGAUAGUUUCUGUCGAUCUUCGGAUUCCAUUUUUAAGAUUAUUAUAAUAUUUGUGAACUCCCGGCUCCAAGAGCUUCUAAUACCAGAUUUUAUAGGCAACAAUGUCCAAUAGCAUUCUUAUUCAUUGAAUCAGACAGAGGUACGAAAUUUAGAAAAAUUGGACAUUGCUGGUCUCCAACGCGCACCUGUGGUGAUGGGAAUUUGGCUGAUGAUUUAGCGCCGUUCUGAAAUUGGACACCCAAGACGACCGACGAUUUAAACCACGGCUGCCAGGUGGUCUUAUUAUCCGGACAAAUUCCGCGAUUUAGUUUUUUCAAUUGCGUUGUCCGGGUAAAAUUUACGUUGUUGGUAUUUCAUUUUGUAAAAUGCGCAAAAAAGGAAAAUGGAAUUUUUUCGCUACCGGAACUGAUAAAUAUAAUUGUGUAUAUUGGGUUGAAGGCCUUUGGCAGCUGACUUGCCCGUUUUUUUAGGCCACCAUAGUUCCAUCCAUCAUGUCAAAUUAAAACAAUUUUUCGCAACUCAUUUAGGAUACAGAUGCCCUAAAAAAUUUGCUUUGAGCAUAGAUAUAUGUGUUUCACUAUUGAUGUCCAAAAAAUAUAGUUCACUUCUUUUUAGUUAUAAAGAAAAAUGACUUUCAAUUGUAUUCCAUCAAUUCGCGGAACGGAUGUAAUAUUCGCGGAUGGGCGAAUUGUGACAGUAGGGCUACGGGAAACCCGCAACAGUUGCAACUUGCAACAAAAAUUACAAAUUAUCAGCUCACGCCUAACAGAACUGCUGUUUAUGUUAAACGAACAAUGGAGAGAUUAAAAGAUGAUCCCAACAAAACAAGAAUGGGUGUAUUUAAAAACAAAGGGAAAGAUCAAGAUGAAAUGAGGAGGAGAAGAACAGAAGUUACUGUUGAACUGCGAAAAAAUAAACGAGAUGAAACACUUCAAAAAAGAAGAAAUGUCCCAGUUGGAUCUGAUGAAGUUGAUGAUGGAGAAUGUGAGAAGUUCUUGACAGCAGAAAGACUGGCCUCAUUAGUGAGUGACGCGCAAAGCCCUGAUUCUGAAGUGAAGCUUGCAGCAGUGCAGGCUGCUAGGAAACUACUUUCUUCAGACAGAAACCCUCCCAUAGACAGCCUCAUUGAAUCUGGAAUUCUGCCUACUUUAGUGUCAUGUCUUGAUUCUGAAAAUAAUUCUUUACAGUUUGAGGCUGCAUGGGCUUUGACAAAUAUUGCAUCAGGCACAGGUUCUCAAACAAAAGCUGUGGUUGCAUCCGGCGCUGUGCCUCUCUUUCUCAAACUCCUUACAUCUCCUUCGCACAAUGUCUGUGAGCAGGCAGUAUGGGCUCUUGGAAAUAUUAUAGGAGAUGGACCACAGUUGCGCGAUUAUGUCAUAUCCUUGGGUAUUGUGAAGCCUCUACUAAAUUUCAUUGUACCAGGAAUUCAAUUGGGAUUUCUUCGAAAUGUGACAUGGGUUAUUGUUAAUCUCUGUCGCAAUAAAGAUCCUCCCCCUCCUCCGGAGACCAUCAGUGAGCUGCUGCCAGCACUCAACUUCCUUAUACUUCAUAAUGACACUUCUAUCCAAGUGGACACAGUGUGGGCUCUGAGCUACCUCACAGAUGGCGGUGAGAAGAACAUCCAGCUGGUGAUUGACAGUGGUAUUCUCAAAUCCCUGAUCCCGCUGCUCUCACACAAAGAUGUCAAGAUUCAGACGGCAGCGCUGCGAGCAGUGGGCAACAUAGUGACGGGAAGCGACCAGCAGACGCAGGCCGUGAUCGACAGCAAUGCACUCGCUCACUUCCCUGCACUGCUGCAGCAUCCUAAGGACAAGAUCACCAAGGAGGCAGUGUGGUUUCUGAGCAACAUCAUGGCGGGCAACAAGACGCAGGUGCAGGCGGUGCUGGACGCUGGACUCGUGCCGCUGUUGCUGCACCUGCUGGCGCGUGGUGACUUCAACACGCAGAAGGAGGCCGCCUGGGCCAUCAGUAACCUGACCGUCUCUGGCACCAAAGAACAGUUGUCGUACCUGCUGACCCAGCACGUGAUCCCUCCGUUCUGCAACUUGUUGACGUGCAUGGACGCCCAGGUGAUCCAGGUUGUGCUUGACGGCAUCUACAAUAUACUUCAGCGGUGUGAUGAGGACCUAGAAGCUGUCACUGCCAUGAUAGAGGAGUGUGGGGGCAUCGACAAAAUAGAAUUCCUGCAGAAUCACGAGAAUGUCGACGUUUACAAGCUGGCAUACACCAUCAUUGAGAAAUACUUUCAUGAUGACGAGCCCGAGGAAAGUUGUGUUGAGAACGACAAUACUGGCGACCACAACUACGUUCGUUGCGACGAUACAAACAGCGAUGGUGGCUUCAGGUUCUAACGACGUUAACAGAAUUAGGCUUCAUCAUUUUCUCCAGUCAGACUUCUCUCGCUUGUUGGGGGUUGCACCCGCCUAGAUGUGGUUUAUUUAGGAAAUUAAUUUUCUUACCUAAGAACAUUAACUUUUGAGGAUAUCAUUUCACUCAAAGUUGCAUUGAGUAAAAGUAAUGAUUGUUAUUUAUCUAUCCAAGGCAGUGUUACUUAAGUGUACAAUGCAGAAAGUGUUCUUUCAAUCAAAUUUGUUGAAGAAUCUCGAAUGACGUCGGUAACUAUUGAAUUUUUUACUGCUAUUGGACGCUGCUCUAACUAAUGCUCGUGUGUUGCUUGAAAAAAUUAAAUUUGUAUAACCUUAAAUUUGACUUGAAUCUUGUGGAUAUUUUCGCCUCUGACUGUUUGAUAAUUUGGGCUGCCCUAAAUAAUUUGAGCCAAUGAGGUCUUUUCGGAGUCCUCGUCUACGAACGACAUCUUGCGGGCCUGAUGAAAGUGGCUUUUUUGCUGGCGACACUGACGGGACUUCUCGCGCAGAUUGAUAGUGUGCUCAUAUUUAGGAGUUACCUACCUGUAAUUUGUCACAGGAGAUUAGGUACUACGAUAGGUAGUCGUAAUCGCUGGUUUUGUACGAGUGUCGUCUGGGCUGCGCCCAUGUCAUCCCUUGCACCUCACAGAAUUUAGCGUACUUGCUAUUUCAACUUGCUCAUUCGUCAUCGUUUUCUCAUUUUUUACCUGUGCUUCUUUGAUAGACUUUCGCUAUGUAUAUCUUAUAACUUUAUACAUAGACGUCCAAUUUAUGUGUAGAAUUAAUCUACUAAUGGGGGUUUCUAAGGUGAAUGUUUCUGAAAUGGGUUGUUUUUAGUUGCUCUGUAUCCCGUAAGGUGCCGCCUGCCGAAUUAGAGACUUCGGGCAUAAAUAUUUAUAUUAUUUUGAGCUCUGAUCUACUCCCGCAGUUAUGUGUGCCGCUCCUAGGUCUGAGUGAAGCUCGUACAUGUCCAUCAUUUGGUACUAAACAUUUUAGUCGCCACUUGUGAGGAAAUGGAUAUUUUUAAUUUACGUUAUUCGAGAAAGGUAAUGGCAAUUUUUUUUUUUGCAAGGCAGUUUGAGCUGUUGAUGAAGUUUUCUAGUUUUUUAUGCUGAAUGCUAUCUGAAAGCUAGGUAUAUUUUGAUUGCGAUCAAUUCUGCACUUUUAAUGGUAUUCGUUUAGUUUGGGGAACAAUUUACUCAAAUUUCCCAAUACACUGAGAAAGUAGUCUAUGUUACCGUAAUUUGAACUUUAUUACUGAUAAUUUAUUUCUGCUGUAUUUUGUGUCGUCUUCUUCCAUGUUGAAACAGUGUGUGGCCUUAUAAUUAUCGCUGAGCGCGAGCUACCGUCGUUCCAUGAAUUUCUUUUAAACAUGAUACCUCACGCGGUCAAUGUAGAUACUGCCUCUAUUUAUUAAUACCUUCAUUAUCCUUGGUUAAUUCGAAUUAUUUUUAUUUCUUGUGAUAGAGUGAAGUUUCGGACACACCACUUUUAUUGUUAAAGGCUUGCGUUUACAAAUGCUUCCUCAUAAACGCUUUCUUCUCCUGUAUUCUCUCGAAAUAAGACUUGAUGAAAUAUCUCCAUCUCGUUCAUAGAAUAAUUAUACGAGUAUUGCCUUGCACUGAGCGUCUUAGAGACACUGAAUCUCACGGAGAAAUUAAGAUCUUUUCUUGUGUUUACAGUCGAAGAUUCUAGUUCUUGGUUUAUUCUCAAUAUCACUGUAAUGGCUUCAACAGGUUUGACAGUGUAACUUUCUUGGCCUGACCUUAAAUAAUACACGAUUUUUCCAUUGUGUGUAGCCAGUCUACCAUGUUACUUUGUAUUUAUUCUUGAACAUUUAUUGAAUUCAGUAAAAAUAUCGCUUGUAUCGUCAGUGAUAUACGUAUUAGGCGGUAUCAAUUUUACUGGCGGGUUCUCAUUCGUUUAUUUAAUUUGUCUUCACUGUUUUAGGUUUUCCAGAAAUUCUCGUGCAAGAAUUGCCUUAGAACAAUUUCCAUUUUAGUAAUUAUUGAUUACAUCUCAGAUGUGAGAUUAAAGAAAUAACAAUUCGUACGUAAUUUUUAAUUUCCAUUUUAUAGCUAGAGCAGCAAAACGUUUUUCCCAGACAUGAAGUAUAAGUUUUAUUUUGAUUUGAUAUGUAUGUUGUGUAUUUUUUCUAUUAGGAUGGGGUUAUUUCGGUAAGCAAUAAUUUAAUGGGAAGCAUUAGUUAUUAGUUCUUAACUUUCUUCUUAUUACUCUUGAGCACACAUUUAGUUUCUGUUUCCGUUCUAUAGUUGGAAGAUAAUUCUUCUUAUUGUUGAUAUUUUCUCUACAGUAGAAAUCGUCCGCAUACUAAUAAAGAGAAUUUUUUUAAAUGUACUGAUUAGUUAAAUUUUUCUUAUGCUACUACACCAAAGACUGCGUGCAAUUUAGGAACAUCGUUUAGCUCAGUCUUGGGGUACAGUGGGGCAUAAGACACAGUGAGACACGUCAGAUAUUUUCUACAUAGAAUGGUACAACCACAACCUCUGCCACAUCAAUCAUUGCACAGACUUACUGCCCAAAUGCAAUGAUUGCACCAUUGCAAUGAUUACUGCCAUUGCACAGACUUACUGCCAUCAAUCAUUGCAUGUGCCAUUACUGCCCAAACUGUUUUAAAUAUAACCCAUUAAUGUACAAAAUAAUGGACUUGACCUAUUGUCCCUCAUGCUCCACUGUACCCUACUUCCCCUAAUUUGUCAUUUAGUGCGAAAGAUUACAAGAUGAACUCUUGCUUCCUUAAUGCUCUGCUUUCAAAAAGAAACUUUCAUAUCUAUAUUUUUACCCAAGGGCUGUAUAACACUUGUAGGAUAAAUUUCGGAAGAAACGUGUAGUUUACU